AUGGUAACAAAAGAAAACCCAAGCAGAACAGAAAAGUUGAAUUAACACACUAAACAAAAAGAUUUUUUCAAAAAUAGACCAAUCUAUCCUGCUGUUCUUGCCUUCACAAACAGAAGGAAGACUGUGAAAACUGCAAACUUUCUUCCUCCCCAAAUCCAGCCAUGGAAGUAUUGGCAGCUGUAGUCAGUUCACUGCUGGCAGAACCCUGCCGCCAAAUCUUCUCUUAUGUCCGUUUGAAGAUACAAAGAUCCCUCCAUUUCCAGUCCUACUUUGAUGAUCUGGACCUGCACAUAAGGGAUCUGAUUACCAGGAGGGAGACAGUGAGAAAAGAUCUUGAAGUGGCAGAGAAAACAGGUCUAAUACCAAGAGCCCAUGUACAAGAUUGGUUGAUAGAAGUCAACAAGAUUGAAGCUGAAAUUACUGCCACAAAAGAAGGGAUCAAAGAGAACAGUAUUUGUUCUUGUGUAAAUUUUCGCUCCUCUAAUUCAAGUUUUAGGAAAAGCCUUAGAGAAUUGGUGAUGAAAAAGACUGUGAUCGCAAAAGGAUUGAUUGAAGCGGGCAACUUUCCAGAUGGGGUGGCUGCUGCUAUAAGAGCUGAGCAUAUUCCAGGACCAUCCAUUGAAUAUCAAUCAACAGCAGCUAGAAAUAUAGCUCAAGUUUUGGAGUUAUUGAGCAAUGAUGAAGCUAAAAGCAUUGGAGUAUGGGGUAUGGGAGGAGCUGGAAAGACUACUCUAGUGGCUAAUGUGAACAAUAAGCUCAAAGGUUGUGCUUCUUUGUUGAAACAACCUUUUAGCAUUGUGAUAUGGGUUACAGUAUCUAAUAAAUUGGAAGAAACAUCAGAUUUGAAAAGGGUGCAGAAGCAAAUUGCAGAUAGGUUGAAGAUGACACUUCCGGCUCAUGAAGAGGUAAUGAGAACUGCAAUUCAGUUGCAUGAAAGGCUUAAAAAGGAGAGGUUUCUGUUGAUACUUGAUGAUGUCUGGCAUCCAAUCAAUUUAGACACUGUCGGUAUUCCUCGACUUGAAAUUUCUAGAGGUAGCAAAAUCUUGUUGACUACUAGGUUUUCUGAAGUUUGUAGAGCAAUGAUGACUGAUAGGAUACUGAAAAUUGAGCUCCUGAAUGAACAGGAAUCUUGGCAAUUGUUUUGUGAAAAUGCAGGGGAGGUAGUGAACUCAAAACACAUCGAACCUCUCGCGAAAGAGCUUACAAGAGAAUGCUGUGGACUCCCUUUGGCGAUAUGUGUUGUUGGGGCAUCAAUGAGAGGCAAGUAUGUGGUUGAGCUAUGGCAAGAUGCAGCAAACACGUUACGCAUGUCUGAGCCUGUGAAUAAAGGAAUUGCAAAGGACUACUUAAUAGAUAUAGAUGAACUCAUAUGGUACUGGCUUGCCGAAGGCUUACUUGAUGAUAACUUGAAUUUAAAGCAAGUUAGAAACCGCGGAAUCAGUAUGAUUGAAUGUCUUAAAGAUCAUUGCUUGUUAGAAAGCGGCCACAGGAAAGCAACCGUGAAGAUGCAUGACAUUGUGCGCGAUGUUGCAGUAUGGAUCGCGACAUCUUCAGAUGAAGGCUGCAAAUCUGUCAUCAAGUCCGGACUUGGACUAAGAAGAAUGACAAGAGAAACAAUCCUAGUGGAAGCCAAGAGACUAUCUUUCAUGUGCAACAAUAUACAUAUUUUGCCAGAAUCUUUUAACACAUACUCUUCUGCAUCAACUUUACUUUUACAAGGUAAUGAAUCCCUAGAGCAUAUCCCUGAGGAGUUCCUGCAAGCAUUCUUGUCUCUCAAAGUGUUGGAUUUAAGCGGCUGCAGCAUUAAAUCACUGCCUCAAUCUUUUGGAGAACUCAUUGAACUUCGAGCUCUAAUCAUUUCUCAAUGCAAGUAUUUAGAAGAAAUACCAUCAGUUAGGAAGCUUGGUAAACUCCAACUGCUAAAUUGCCGCAGCACAAACCUUAAAGCAUUGCCGGAAGGGAUGGAAAGAUUGACCAACCUAAGGCAAUUAGACCUGUCCGAUAUAAACAACACGACAGUCAUUAGGGCGGGCACUCUAGCCGCUUUGUACAACCUGGAGAUUCUAAGCAUGAGAAAGAGCACAAACAAAUGGCUUUUCCAGGGAAAUGAGUCAGAGGGACCUUCCCUGAUUGGAGAAAUACUCUCACUCGAGCGACUAAAUUAUUGCGACAUUACUCUGUCGGGCAUUCCAGGCAACAUUUCACCUGAAGAUCCUUUACUCCACCAAAUGAACAAACUGGAGAGAUUCAGAGUCCAUGUUGGAGGGAUUCACCGUCAUUCUUCACCCAUCGAUUAUGAAAGCCAAAGAAGUGUGACUCUUACUGGCCUCCAUUUUUCAGAUGAGUGGAUUGGAUGGUUGAUCUCCAAUGCAACGUCUCUCCAGUUGGUUCGUUGUGAGGGGCUAAAUAAAAUGUUUCAAAAUAUAGCCCUUCACAGCAGCGCUGCCGGUAGUUUUCGCAGUUUACGCAAACUGGAGAUUGUACAUUCUAACAGUAGCUUUGAGCUGACAGCAACUGAGGAUAUGAAGUUUGAUCUUCUACCAAAGCUGGAGAUGCUUUGCCUUCGCGAUCUCUCCAGAAUCACAUGCAUUUCGCGAUUAGCCGAACACCUUGGACUGAAAUUUCAGAAGCUGAGAUGCAUCAGGAUAGCACGAUGCCCGAAACUGAAGUAUGUACUCACUGUUGGUGGAUCAAUUCGGCAACUAGGACAACUGAAAGAAAUCAGCGUGGAUUCAUGCGAGGAAUUGGAAGAGCUUUUUCGUUGCGAUAUCUUCACAGUAGAUGCUGCUUUUCCAAACCUGCAGAUAACUAGGUUAACAAACCUUCCCGAAUUGCGGGGAUUCUGUAAUGAAAGUAUGGUUCGAUGGCCAAGUAUGGAGAAACUGGAAGUGAUGAAGUGCCAUCUCCUGAGAAGGGUAUCUGGUAAAAUACAAAAUGCAAAUUCUCCCAUGGAAAUAUGAGGAGAACCACACUGAUUCACUGCUUCAUUGAUCCAGUCAUCCAGGAAACAUUUCUACCUGCUUUUAGUUUUCUGUCAAGUUACAUUUUGCGACAAAAGUGCAAAUCUAAAAUGUUUCUUUCAGUUUUAGGCCAAAUUCUAGAUCCAGGUUUGAUUGGGUUUACUUUUGAGAUUUUAAAAGGAUGUAGUUAUUACUAGUCUUAUUACUAUCAUAAGCAUGAGUAUAUAUACUACUAACAC